AUGGCCGUGCACUGGGUGCUGGGCCCCGUGUCUGGAGAGAACCUGGCUCCUUCAGCGCCCACACCCAGCGGCGGCGAGAUUUCCAUUCUGCUGGAAGGCAACACAACCGGAUGGCUGAGCCUCUCCUUCGCGGACACAGCCCUGUCCAUGAGCCCCGCGGAUGCCGUCCUGGGAUGGGUGGAGGCCGAUGGAGCCGUGGUUGUGAAGUCUUACAGAAUCGCGGCGAAGAGCGUUUCCGCCAGUAACGAGGAUGCGGAUGUGCCUCUGACCAACAUCGCCGGCAGCGAGACGGAUGGCGUCACCGUCAUCGAAUACACGCGGGCCCUGAAUGCGGGGGCGUUUCCCAUCAAUGCCAGCUCCCCUAGCAUUCGGGUGAAUGCCGCUCACGGUGCCGAUGGCGAGGACAGCCUUGUUUAUCACGGAACUAACAGGGCUGCAUUCACAGCAGACCUGGUCGCAGAGCAACAAGAAGUUGAAGAUGCCACUCCGGUCGGACCGGGGCCCGCCCCUGCCGCCCCCGAAGAGGAUGCAACGAUGCCUUGUCAGCUUGCGUCCAACAAGAAUGGAUACGCGUGCAUGACCACGAUCCCCGGGGUUGACGCCAUGACCGUGCACUGGGUCGUGGGGCCCGUGUCUGGGACCGGAUUCAACGAUUCAGCGCCCACCCCCAGCAAGGGCGACAUUUCCAUCCUGAUGGAAGGCAACACUACAGGAUGGCUGGGCUUCGCCUUCGGAGGCAGUGCCCUGGCGAUGAAUCCCGCGGACGCCGUUCUGGGGUGGGUGGAGGAAGGCGGAACGGUCGUGGCGAAGUCCUACAAAAUAACGAGAAAGGGAAUUUCGGAUUCGGAUGAAGACCCCGCAAUCCCUCUCGCCGACGUGAGGGGCAGCCAGCUGGAUGGCGUCACCACCAUCGAAUUCACGCGUGCCAUGAACGCGGGCCAGUUCCCAAUCAACAUCACUGCGGGUCCAGUUCGCACCAACGCCGCCCAUGGGGACGAAGAUUCUCUCAGCUACCACGGGGCAAACAGAAAUUCGUUCAUGACGAAUUUCACCAUCGGUCAAGGCCGACUCCGUUUACUAUCUAGACGACGACGACGACGAGGAGUCUUCGUGCAGAUCUGUAAUGGUUCAUUUUAUGAGCGCAUCGCUGGCGCUCCUUGCGGCUGCAGCAUCGCUAAGCCUUUUAGAGCAAUAGUCGGAUAA